AUGGGAGAGGUUGCUGGCCAUGACAUCGUGUACAAUACGACGAUGGUGUGGAACGAGUUCCGAGCCAUCGCGGAUCUGCUCCGCGCCCAUGUGGGGAAGGUGGCCGACCAGGGCCUCACCCUCAACGCCAUCACGAGAGCCACCCAGGUGUCGAGGUACGUGGUCCAGUCGGUCCAGACUUCGACGAAGACUGGCAUUGCCUACCUGCGUGACUACUCCCAAGAGCUCCAAGUGAAUGCGCUGGACGUUCUCAAGGCCGUGAAGGACUUCAUCAAAGAGGGCGUCUUUCUCGGCGAGCCCACCAUCAAGAGCCUGGAAAGCCUGCUGAUGGACAAAAUCUACCCCGUGGUGACUAAGCUCAUCGCCGCGGCCAAGAACAUACAGCAGCAGGCCGCCGCGCAGUCGAAACCCUCGGCCGGCGUCGCGCCGGCCACGCCCAACCUGCGCUCGGCCUACUACUCGUCGGGCUACAACCCCCGGGACGACACCUACCACUCGCUGCGCACCUCGGCCUCGCACACGCGCACCCAGCCGCCCCAGCAGCUGCCGCCCAACUCGCUGGGCUCGUCGGCUUCGGGGAGCCGCUCGCGGUUCAACCCGUCGGGCAUGGCGCCGCCGCCCGCACUCGCGCCGCCGCCCGCACUCACACCUCCGCCGGCCCUCAGCGCCCCGCCGCUCGCCGCCCCGCCGCUCGCGACCCUGCCCAGCGUCCACCGCCCCUACAGCUCGGCCUACAACAUUUCACCCGUGCCAUCGCCCAACUCGGGCGGCGGCAGCAGCAGCGGCUUAUCGUCGAGCAGCUCCUACACGCGCGGCAUGCCGUCGCCCAAGGGCAACGUACACAGCAACAGCUCAGGCACCAUUCCCUCGCUCGGCUCGAGCAACUCGCGCACAGCGUCGCCGCGGCUGCCGCCACCACCCGCGCUGCCCACGAGUCUCCCGCCCGGCGCACUGCCGCCCAUGCCCACCGACCUGCCGCCGCUGCCGCCGCCGGCCGACCUGCCCCCACCGCCGCCCCCGCCGUCGGGCGACCUCCUCCCCCCGCCGCCGGCCAUGCUGGGCGACGAGAUCCGGAACCAGGCGCGGCUCGUCGUGCAACAGGUCAUGCAGCUCAACCAGAUCAUCCACGAGCAGAACGAAGAGGCGUUCGUGGAAGAGGCGCGAAGGACGCUCAAUCAGUUGAACGCCCUCAUCGCGCGAGCCAAGGACUUUGGGCUGGUGCAGGAGGAGAACGAACUGCGCGAUGCCACCUACGAGUUCAUCUCCGCUGCCAAGGAGCGGAUCGGCGGCGGGUCCUCCGAGCAGGAGUUCGACCAGGCCGUCGCCUUCCUGGCCGACACCAUUCGCCUCUUCGUCGAGGCCGUCGCCAUGGCCGUCCUGCCCCCGCCACCCCCGCCCAGGGAGGACUUCGCCAAAGGGGUGGGCGAUGGUGGAGCAGAGGCCGAAGACACGGGCGCGGAGGGCGAGGCCAAGAGGAAGCGGCUGCGGAGCAACGUGCUCAAGGAGCUGCUCAACACGGAGACCACCUACUUCACACAGCUCAAGACGCUCGACUUCUCCUUCAUCCAGCUCCUCAAGAACCGGAAGGACCUCAGGACCAUGAACGAUCCGGUGUUUGCAAGCUUCGUGCUGUGCGUGCCGCCGAUCGUUUCGCUCUCCAAGGAGCUUGUGGGCGAGCUGACCUCGCGAAUCAACAAGAUGAGCGACAGCGACCAGAUUCACGUGGGUGACACCUUCGUUCGAUUGGCGCCCGUCUUCAAGAUGUACCAAACUUACAUUAACAACUACGACCAAGCGAUGGCUAAGCUGCGACAUGGAAUCGACACCGAACCCGAAUUCGAUGCCCUCGUUAAGCAAUUCUGUCCGCCGGGCGGUCCCGACAUCAGCUUCUUCUUCAUCCUGCCCAUCCAGCGACUUCCUCGCUACGAGCUGCUUCUGCGUGAGGUGCUCAAGUUCACGGACAAGGUCAACUCGGCGGACGAGUACAGCAACCUCGGGGCGGCGAUCCUGAAGGUCAAGGAGAGCAACGACAGCAUCAACGAGAAGAAGCGACAGGACGAAAACAUGAAGAAGAUCAUCGACAUCCAGAACGCCAUCACCAACGAGAAGCUGGCACUGCUCAAGCCCGGGCGCGUGUUCGUUCGUGAGGGCUCCAUGGAGGAACCCGACCCGUCCGGCAAGAAGGCAAGCGCACUCCCCAAGAAGAAUGUUGGGCUGGGCAAGGGCAAGUCGUUCCACUACUUCAUGUUCACCGACGUCCUGCUCAAGACGCGGUUCGAGAGGAAGUCCAAGAACUACACCCUGGUCGACACCAUCUGGUUCGCCGAGGUGGCCCUGCGCGACGUCAACCUCUCCGCCAAGGAUCUUCUGAACUUGUUCGAGCUGGUGAGCGGAAGCGAGAAGUUCACCUUCAACUGCAUCACCGAAGACGAAAAGCGAUCCUGGAUGAAGGACAUGCAAGAAGCGAUCGAGAGGGCGCGCAGCGGUGACGGGUCGCCGGGGGGCAGGGGCAUACGUUCGCUGAGGCGGGGCACCAACGGGGAGGACUACGAGGGCGGCUCGCCGAAGCUGGGCAAGAAGAGCGACAAGAAGGAGAAGAAGAGCAAGUCGAAGAGGGAGCGCAGCAGCACAGGCUCCAAACUGCUCAGCUCGCUCAAGGGCUAA